CUGUCGGAACCGACGACUCGGCUCACCGUGAAGGCCUGGCCUCUUUCAGCCGCAGAAAAAGGGGUCUGCUCUCAGACGGUGAACUCCCAGGCUCGGGUCUGCCGCCGCCGAAAACUCGGGCUCCUCGGUCGUCGGUGGCUCGCUUCUGGUCACGGACUCCGGAUCUCGGUCAGGGUUCUUCUUGGCUACGGGAUGGCCUCGCCAAAUUGCCGGAAUCUGCUGCCCAAUUUCGGCUUUGCGUCGCAGCAGUCGGCCGCGAAUAAGGCUCGUCUGGGGAUCGAGGUACGUCCCCGAACAGUCUCCAAAUGGAGCCCUCGACUCUGCCCAGUUGAGUGCUUCCGCCGGAAACGAUUGUUUUCAGUCGCGAUUAGAGGGCCUACUCUCACGUUCGAGGCUCGGUCUGUUGCUCUCACCGGGAAAUCUGGUGGCUCGCGUUUCGAUAACGAACGGCCUCGUGGUUGUUCCUCUGCCAAGUCGCCCGUCAGCCUCGCAAGAAAUCGCCUCUCCGUGAAUGGCUCGGUCCUCAGAAGUUGGUUCCCGCCGCGGCUACCUUCCCCUGUCGCGUGUUCAUCUCGCCGUUGGGUGUCUGGACUUAUCGUGACUGGAGAUUAG